AUGAAGUGGGCGGCGCUCGUGACCGUGGCCAUCCUACAGGCCCAGCUCCCAGGGGCAGAGGCCCAGAGCUUCGGCUUGCUGGACCCCAAGCUCUGCUACCUGCUGGACGGGAUCCUGUUCGUCUACGGCGUCAUCAUCACCGCCCUGUUCCUGCGGGCCAAGUUCGGCCGGAGCGCGGACAGCCCGGAGCAAAUGCAGGGCCCCAGCCAGGUCUACAACGAGCUCAACCUGGGGAGGAGAGAGGAGUACGACCUUCUGGACAAGAGGCGCGGCCGUGACCCGGAGAUGGGCGGGAAGCAGAGGAGGAAGAACCCCCAGGAGGGCCUGUACAACGCGCUGCAGAGGGAGAAGAUGGCGGAGGCCUACAGCGAGAUCGGGAUGAAAGGCGAGAACCAGCGUCGCAGAGGCAAGGGGCCCGACGGCCUUUACCAGGGGCUCAGUGCGGCCACCAAAGACACCUAUGACGCCCUCCACAUGCAGACGCUGCCCCCUCGCUAG